AUGAACAAAACUGGGACUUCGGGUACAUCUACUUCUCCACCACAAAGCACUUGGACUCCAAGACAUUUGAAUCGACCUGAGGCCUACAAUCAAAGCGUUGCCGCUUAUAACCAAAUAAGUCCUCCCUCUCGAAGUCCUUCGGGACCCACUUAUACACAAUUGAACUCUGCUCCGAAACCCACACUCACAACAGAUGAACAAAACUGGGACUUCGGGUACAUCUACUUCUCCACCACAAAGCACUUGGACUCCAAGACAUUUGAAUCGAGAAUGUGGGGUCAGUGGCAUAAUAACGCCGGGCCUGAAGCGCCCACAACAUCGGCCUCUGUUGUUAGCCAUCCCUCCACUCACGGCAAUGCUUCGGCUGGAAAUCAUGGCACAGGAGGCCCACAUCAACCACAAGAGUUGUCAGAUAUGCUUCAAAUGUUGGGACAGUCAGAGCCGACUUCAUUUGAGGAGUUAUCGAUGUUUAACACAUUCACCGAAUGAACGAUUGAUUACUUUAUGCAAUAAAUUUCCGAAUUCUUUGAAUUCACUGCUAAUACGAAAAAACUUCAUUAUAUCUUAUGAACU